AUGGCGGCACCAGACAACGCCCUCCGCGGCAUCAUCUACAACGCCGUGGACUCCCAAACCCAGGAAGAGAUCAUCCAAGAUCUCCAGUCCAUGAAUGUCAACACCCCCUACGCCAUCGCCGAUGCGCGCCAGAUGGGGCGCUCCAAAUCCAUCCUCAUCACCUUCGUUGGCACUACCACCCUCCCCUCCUCGAUCGUCUUCAAUUGCGGAGUCUACCGCUGCCACCCGUUCCGCCCGAAAGCCGAGGCCUGCACGAACUGCUGUACUCCUGGCCACUGCGCGGACGUCUGCACCAAGCCCAAGUCCGCCCUCUGCUGCCGCUGCGGCCAAGCCCACAAUACAGUUGAGCCCCCGACCUGCGUCCCAUGCUGCAUCCUUUGCAAGGAAGCCCACCUCACAGGCUCGCGCCCGUGCAAGCUCCGGUUCGACCGGACCGGCCCGUCACCCUCGACCCACUCUAAGCCCCAGCCUCCCCCACCAGCGCCAUCCACCGGGCCCAUCCUCAAGAGCUCCCGGCCUUCCCGCCCCCGCCGCCGAUCUACAUCCCGUGGUGCCCGUUCUACCAGCCGCCACCGCUCCGUCUCUUUCCCGCCCCUGCCUAGGCCGGAGGCGUCCACCACCCCCACCAUCGCUACCAACACCACAGCCAAACCACCGGUAAGCUCGAUAACGCAGCCUCACACGUCGGACUCCAAAAUCGCGGCUCUCGAGGCCACUAUUGCUGCCCAGCAGCUCCAAAUUCAAGAGCUGUCGCUCCAGCUGCAGGCCGCGCUGGCGCGUCUGUCCUCUCCCGCUCCUCCUCCUCCUUCCCCAGCCGCCGCACCUACACGAACGCCAUCUCCGCCGGCGCCAGCUGAGGAGUCCAUGAACACGGCACCCUCGGCUGCCAGAGCGCGAAGCCCGCCAGAGCGCGACUGA